AUGUCUCAAAAGCUCAUUCGUACUACUUGUGUUUUUCUUUCCAAGAGAAAUGUACGAUCUUCUCCAACCACCACUCUCUUCUCUCAAUUUGUAAAUAAUCAACAACAAGUGAGAACAAAAUACAGCGAGAAAGUGAUUGAUCAUCACAAGAAUCCAAGAAAUGCCGGAUCAUUGGAUUCCUCAAAUGAGAAUGUAGGAAGUGCUUUGGUUGGUGCUCCAUCAUGUGGAGAUGUCUUAAAAUUCCAAAUUCUUGUAGAUGACAAUGGUCGAGUCAUUGAUGCUAAAUUCAAAGCCUUUGGUUGUGGAAGUGCAAUUGCAUCUUCGAGUUAUGCCACAGAACUUGUAAAAGGUAAAACUAUUGAGGAUUGUAUGAUGAUUACAAACAAUGAUAUUGCCAGUCAUUUGAGUUUACCACCUGUCAAGAAACAUUGCAGUUUAUUAGCAGAAGAGGCAAUUCGAAAGGCCACUGAAGAUUACAUGAAAAAGAAACAAGCAAAGAAAGAACAACAAACAAGCACCACUGGCACCACUAGCACCACCACAACAAAUACCUCUAACGACUCUUCAUAA